AUGUCAAAGGAGUUGAAAUUUCACUCAAAGGACCAGAUGGAAAAUAUAUCUGCUCCGAUCGUGUUCUGGACGCACUCAGGAAUCAACUCAGUCAAGUUAAAGAGGUCGAAUCUACUGUUUCACGAAGGACCUGUGAAAAAACUUGACUUUUGGCAUUUGUUGGAUGAAUCUUUUGUGGGAGAUAACGCAGAAGAGGUCGAAAAGGUGAGUUAUCUUGUAGCACGUUGUGGAGAGGCACAUACAAUUGCCGAAAAUCUUAUAAAGCCAUGUUCAAAAAAAAUCAUCGAGUGUAUUUAUGGCGAACAAAUGUCUAAGAAACUGGAUCUUGUUCCUUUGUCAAAUAAUACUAUUUCAAGGCGAAUUCAGGAACUUUCGAAAAAUAUUGAAACACAGUUACUAAUUCGUUUGAAUAAUUCGAAUGGUUUCGCUAUUCAAAUUGAUGAAUCUACUGAUGUUGAAGGAUUGGCAGUUUUAUUGGUUUUCGUUCGAUACCCUUUUGACGAUAUUAUUGAAGAAGACAUGUUAAUGAGCGAAUCGUUGGAGAGUAACACUAUUAAAAAUUAUUUUUUUGCAAAAAACAUAAAUUGGAAUAAAUGUGUGGAUGUUUGUAGCGAUGGAGCUAAAUGUAUGAUCGGAAAAAUUUCCGGAUUUGUACCAAGGUUUUCAAUAUAUACAUCCACCAAAACAAAAUAUAGAAAUAAACUUAAUGCUUCCGCUGAUAUGAGGAUACAGUUGUCAACAAUAACUCCUAACGUUACACAACUAUGCUAUGAUAAAAAAUUACCUCAAUGUUCACAUUAA